AUGGUCUCUGGUCCAUUUGGAGAACACGAUUGUCAGAUGCAGACUGCUAUUCGUGACAGUGUGGCCGGUAUCUCUCAUCUAGUUUUAUAUGAGGAUGUCUUUCUUCUUCGUGGUCCACAAUACAAUCACUACACUUUUGUCUUUCCAUUUCUUGGUCCCGAUGUUGAAUCUCUUGUAGCCAACCAGUUGCAUAUUGCAACUCGCAUGCAUGGUGCAAAACAACUGCUUCAAGUCUUAGAGAGCUUACACAAAGCUGGCUUUAUUCACAGAGAUAUUAACAAUAUGAAUGUCUUGUGGGGUAGUGCUCUUCCCGAAAAUCUUAACAUAGCUGAUACAUACAAGAUUCUUGGCCGGCCUGAACCAAUGAUAAUUGACAGCUGGAAACAGGCAGAACUUGUGAAGCCCAUGCAAUUUCCUAUCACACUGUGUUCGAAUAUGAUUUAUCUUUCAGACUUUGGAAUAGCAACACAAGUCGGUCAUCCAAAAGACGGACUUCCACCUUUUGAGUACUGUUCACCAGAGCUGCUUCAUGGUGCUACUCCUGACUUUCCCUGA